GCAGAAAACGGAAGUUUGGCGACCACAUCCCAUCGCUUCUGCAGUUGGGGCUGGAGUUUUGAGGUGGUGGGGCAUGUCACAGGCAGUGACAAGGGCAGCCGCAGUCGGGGACAAAUCGGAAGUGCACUGCGCGAUUAUCCGGUGGCUCACAAAGCAACUUGGCUGUGGCGGACCGAGCUCCCAAUGGGGAAAGCAAGAGAUCUAACCGAGUGCGACCGUGGCAUGAUCGUGGGUGCAAGGCGGAUUGGUCUCGACGUUAGAAAAACUGCAGAUCUGCUGGGAUUUUCACACACAACCGUCAGGAGGGUUUACAGAGAAUGGGUCGAAAAGGAUAAAAAGUCCAGCACUCGCCAGCUCUGUGGACGGAAACGCGCCGUGGAUGACCGAGGUCAGGGGAAACUGGCCAAACUGAUUGAAGCGAAUGGAGACGCGACCGUUUCUCAGAUAACCAAGUAUUACAACAAGGGAAUUCGAACACCCAUCUCCGUGCGCACAACUCGUCGGAUCAUGAAGGAGAUGGGCUACGUAAAAGAAAUGCCUCCCGGCAGCACCACUGCAAAGUGCAAACGGGAGAAGGAUCUGGAUGAAGUUCUGCAGACCAGCUCUGUUUUUGUGAACGUGUCGAAGGGUCAGGUGGCCAAAAAGGAAGACCUCUCCAAGGCUUUCGGGACGGACGACCAGACAGAAAUCUGCAAACAGAUUUUGGCCAAAGGUGAGCUGCAGGUGUCGGACAAGGAGCGACAGACUCAGAUAGAGUCCAUGUUCCGGGACAUCGCCACCAUCGUGUCAGAGAAGUGCGUGAACCCCGACACCAAGCGGCCCUACACGGUCAGCCUCAUCGAGAAGGCCAUGAAGGACAUCCACUACUCUGUCAAGGUCAACAGGAGCACCAAGCAGCAGGCUCUGGAUGUGAUCCGGCAGCUGAAGGAGACCAUGGAGAUCCAGAGAGCCCACAUGAGGCUGAGGCUGGUUCUGCCAGCGAAGGAGUCCAAGAGGCUGAAGGAGAAGCUGAAGCCCAUGCUGGAGGUGGUGGAGAGCGAGGACUUCGACGAGGAGCUGGAGAUGGUGUGUCUGGUGGACCCGGGCUACUACCGGGAGAUCGACGAGCUGAUUCGCUGUGACACCAAAGGUCGAGGGUCGCUGGAGGUUCUGAGCCUGAUGGACGUGGAGGAGGGAGAGGAGAAACUGUAGAGCAGUCCGGAGCUGGCUCGUGAACUGAUGUUAGUUGUACAUGUUGUGUAUACGUUUUAUCUGGGGCUGCUGGGGGGAAGGAACCAGGGGCUUUGUUGGUUUGGUUGGACCAGGUUGAUUGUGACUCCCUGCGUGAGGAAUAAAGUUUUUUUUUCUCA